AUUUAGCACAGCCACAUGAUAAAAUCUCAAUGUAUUUCAGCUGAGAACGAGAUAAAAGAUGUCCAGGCUGUCAGUUUACCAAUUGUUGACAGUAUCCGUCCUCGCCCUGAUCAACUUCCUCAGUCCAUACCAGAAGAUCUGGCGCCUCGCCUCACACGUUUCCAUGGACACCCUUUUGUGUGGUGGAUGGGACAGGUUGUGAAAUAUCUCUUACGCUACCAACCAGAAUUAAAACAAGACUUGGACAAUGUCCAAGCGAAAUUUGGUUUUAAAAACCCAAUUGUAGGAAUACAUGUCCGGCGGACUGAUAAAGUUGGCACUGAGGCAGCCUUCCACUCUAUUGAAGAGUACAUGUUUCACGUAGAUGAAUAUUAUGAACUGUUGUCAAGGAGACAAAAGAUAGAGAAAAAACGAGUCUAUUUGGCUUCAGAUGAUCCUGGAGUUCUUCCUGAGGCAAGAUCCAAGUUCCCUAAUUAUGAAUUUGUUGGGGAUCAAGACAUUGCCAAAUCAGCUGGUCUGGGCAGCAGGUACUCUGACAUGUCUUUACGUGGAAUCAUCAUAGAUAUACAUUUCUUAUCCAUGACGGAUUUUCUUGUUUGUACUUUUUCAUCUCAGGUAUGUCGAUUAGCCUACGAAAUAAUGCAGACGAUGCACACAGACGCUUCAACCUACUUCCGUUCACUUGACGAUGUCUAUUACUAUGGCGGACAGCACGGACAUAAUCAGAUAGCAAUCUAUGCACAUAGUCCGCGGCCAGGAGAAAUUCCUCUUGAACCUGGGGAUUUAGUUGGAAUUGCUGGAAACCACUGGGAUGGAUAUUCAAAAGGAGAAAAUAAAAGAGUUUCCAAGACAGGUCUAUAUCCAUCAUAUAAAGUUAAAGAAAAGAUUGAAAUAGCCAAGUUCCCAACUUACCCUGAGGCUGAUAAGAACACGUGAUUUUUAUGGUUGACAUUAGUUUUUUUAGACAUAUAUUGUCCUAUACAUUAAGUUAUUUCGAUUGUUACUUCUUUUAUAAAAGAAAUGAUUUGAGUAUUUACUUUGUGGUCAUAGCAUCCUCUUUUCUAUUUUUCUUUGUUGAUUGUUAUCCACAUGACUUCAACCUGAAAUACAGAAUUUUAACUUUAACUUACUAACAGAAAAUGUUCAGUGCAUUUUACAGGCAGGUUUUAUAUACAAGACAACAGUUGGUAGAAAUCUACAUAUUUACUGUUUUCAACAUUUGUAGAUGCUUUAAUUUUCAAAGUUAGCCAAAAAUAUUCAUUUUAAUAUGAGAUAGUGAUUAUACCAUCUCUUUAAUUUUUGACAUGGUAACUAUUCGGUUUGCUUCAUUUCAAAAUAGUACCAAUUUUUUAAAGAACAGCUGCCUUCCAAAAAUGUUAGUCAGUUUAGUUGUAUUAUGGUAUGUAUUUCUGUGAUUCUUCAGUUCAGAUUGAUGUACAAUUAUGUAAUUAACAUCUAUGCGAUGUAAAAUAAUUGUCAUUUAAGAUGUUAUGUCGAUACGUACAGUCAGUAUUUGAUUAUCAUAUCAUAAUGAAGUUAAUGAUGUAUGGUGUUGCUACUUUUAGAUUAUAUAUUAUAUAAUAAUUGGAUACCUUAUCAUGUAAGUUAAAUAGAUGUAACUAUUCUGUAAUGAUGUCAUAUUUUCCAUUUUAAUGGUUGUGAUGUAGCACUCAGUUUCUUUACCUUCAACACUUUGUAUUCAUGUUGAAUUACAGCUGUUGAAAUAUAUGUGUAUCCACUUUUCUGCAUGUUGUAACUAUAUAUUUUCUUCUUCAUUAGUAUAUUAUAUUAUGCAUUUCUAGAGUAUUUUACAACUGAUUGUAUUGAGUAAAGCUACUUUAGAAAUGAGCAUUUGUAUGUUUUGCUCAAGCUAUUUUUAUAUGUAUGUUUGUGUUUGAGGCAUCCCGUGUCCCCUUUACACAUAUGUUGGCAGUGGUUGAAAACUGAUGCAGUUUGCAAUAAUUGUUGAUUAUUUCCAGAUUAAGAAAUGAAAUACUGCUCUUAGUGCUCUAAAUCAUUGAUUAUAAAGAAAAAUAAGGUAAAAGUUAUGUAAAAAAAUAAACAUAGCACUGAUUUGGAAUAUGUUAUAUAGGUAAAAUAACUAGAUUAUCAACACUGUUCAUCUUAGAAAUUUUUCCUCCCUUUGGUUUUACUGCAGUUUUCCAAUUACCUGUGUUGUAUGUCACUAUACCUCUGAGAAAAUGUUGGUGGAAAAGUUUUAAGCAUUAAGGUGGCUCAAAGUCCAACAGUGAUGACACUUAUUAGUGAAUGACUGAAACUUUUACAUUUGCCUCUGUGGGAAGUUAAGAAGAGUAAGGAUUAAAGGUGGCAGGCAUUUGGUUCUUAUAGAUAAACUGAAUAUGAUGCUGUUGUCAUGAUGGUAUAAGGUUAUAAAAUACUUACUGUUUGUGGUCUUAAAAAUACAUUGACCUACUUAAUCACUUUAAAUUUAAGGGAGCCUAUAACAAACUUUAGGAUUUUAAAAAGUCAAAUGGAUGAAAAAAUGAAUUUUAUGGGCUUCCAGUGGUGAAAAUAGUAAUAAAAUAACUACAUUUAUGUAAUAAUAUUCAAUUUUCACUAUUGUAAGUUGCAAUAUCUGUAUGACAAGAGGUGAAAGUAUUAUGUGAGCAUUGUAUGUGCAAUAGCAGAUAGUUAAAUAUAUCUAAUGAAAAGUAGAAGACUAGCUUGGGUUGCUUAAAUAAAGCGACUUUGAACUUA